AUGAGCGACGGCUAUUCCGAUGAUGGCCUACUCGCCUACAAAACACCCUAUCCACCAAGUUUACCCGCUAAUGAGCCAAAUUGGGAACAGUCAAAGGCCUACGGCUCGAGAAGAACCCCAACAGGUUUCGCCGUCCGGAAACUCAACUUCAACGACCCCACCGGACAAGGGAAAUUCAAAAAUCAAGACUGGCCCUUUGAGCAAAGACUUGGUUAUCCGAGUACUAGAGAAGGAUGGCAUCCGUUGAUCUUCAAGUAUGGGCUAGAGGUAUUGGAUGCAGCUGGAUUUAUCAAUUUUGAGACGACGAAGCCGCAUACGUAUAAUCCAAACGGGUAUUGGGAGAGCAAGAGAAACAGGUCUGGGUUAUUGGCGGAGAGGAUACAUCCGGUGUUGAGGAAGGAGAUGUGGCAUUUGUUUACUGAUGAGGAGUAUAAGACCAUAACACCUGCUUUGUUAUUGGCGACUGCUAUACUUGAUGAUCCUGUCAUGCUAUGCCUCUUCUAUGCCCUCUCGAGACCAACUGAUCAACUCACCACCUUCGAAGAUCCGCAUCUUGGUACAUGCAAGAAACUCGAUAUCCCAGCCACACUGACCGAGCAAGAGCAGUGGGAAGUCCACGAAAAACUAUGUGCGAUGCGAGAAUGGACCAGCUUCAGAUGGGAUAAUUCCCAGAUAUUUGUGGAUUCUGGUUCACUGGCGGCGACUACGCCUGAUUGCGCCCUGGGGAGGGACAUUCCAGCCUCCGGCUCGUGA